GGCUGAGAGCCGGGAGAGCAGAGCGAGUUCCCGAGAAUCAGACGAGGCAAACACUGCAGCAGCACCUAGUUAAACUCAUGUAGUUGUCAGGUUAUUCGGAGUGGAUACACGCAGAGAGAUAGAGAGAGAGCUGCUCGGAUUAGCGUCUGUUGAUCCAGCAGAUGAAAUGGACACGAGGCAAAGGAUCUUUAACUCAACACACCCGUUCUCCGGGACGUUGAAGGCCGAGCUGAAGGGCUCGUACCCAUCAUGCCCGGCUGCAGAGCAGGAGCCAGAGGAGGAGGAAGAGGAGGGGAAGGACAGCAAAAUGGCCUACAUGGCCUGUUUCAACCCGCGAAUAAGUAAAGUCCUUACGCAUGGGACUGCAGAACAAGUCGGAGAGAUGCCACUCAAGACCUCGACCUUCAUUGCCCAAGCCGAAUGUGAAACCCAGGACUCUCAAGAGUUCAGUCCUUCCUGUUCUGAACGCCCCUAUGCCCCGUCCCCUAACUGCUACACCAGCAGGCUUCCCUCAGAGCACAACAAUGUGGCUUGCCCGACCCCUGCCUCGGUCCAGGAGCCGAGCGGCUCACCAUCACAGCUCAGCCCGAGAAAGAAGACCAAGAAGAAGCAGAGGCACAAAGGGAAGAAAAAAGUGGAGAGGAAGAGGGAGAAGCAGCGACAGAGACAUCGAACGUCCUCUGGAGUCCCUGAACAGGAGAGUGGAAGUUCACUGGUCCAGGUCCUGGACGACUCGUCUCUCAGAGGAAGAGGUGACCUCAGCUCAUCUUGCUGUAGCAGUGUUGAAAGCUCUGAAGAGCGGCACAGAGGACCUUCUCCCUUCGGUCAACAGAUCUCCAACACAGGCUCCAGCUACUCUCCUCUGAACUGGAGGGACAAGGUCUGCGGCCUACUGCUCAAUUCCUACAGGCAGGCCAGUGAUUCAGACUCUGUCAGCAGUCUGGGAGACUACUCACUGGCCCUUCAAGGUCUCAGGGGCAGCGUCAGUCAGGGGGACCCGUGUUACGCUGGGCCUUUCUUCAAAGAUGUGGAGAGGGAUGUGAGAGAAGAGGAAGAUGACUUCUCUGCAGAUGAUUCUAUCACCAACGAGGGGAUAAUCUUUUACAAUGAAAAAAUCCAGCCUGUUGACUCCGAAUACAAGGAGGGGACCGAGUAUGUCCGUUCAGAAUUCAUCAAGGGAGGCUCCUACGGUGAAGUGCACAGUGCUCAGGAUGUCAACACAGGCUUCAAGUUUGCUGUCAAAAAGGUCAGCCUGAAGAGGUUCAACAGUGAGGAGGUGGGUGCGUGGAGUGCCCUCAGAUCUCCUCGAGUAGUGGAACUCUUCGGAGUGGUCAGAGAGGGGCCGAAUGUUGUCUUUUUCAUGGACCACAAAGCUGGCUCCCUGGGCCAGCUGAUACUGGGGCGUGGCCGCCUUCCAGAGGACCUAAGUCUCCACUACAACUCACAAGUCCUCACAGCUCUGGAGUACCUAGGGAAGAAAAAAGUGGUGCAUCUGGACAUUAAAGCUGAUAAUGUGUUGCUGUCAGAGGACGGUAGAGACACCUUCCUGUGUGACUUUGGACACGCAGAGAGGCUGGACAACAAGGGACAGAGCAUGAGUGGCUCCAGAGACCUGAAGGGCUCAGAGACCCACAUGGCCCCAGAGAUUGUAAAAGGGGAACCCCGCGGAGCCAAAGCAGAUGUGUGGAGCAGCUGCUGUAUGUUACUGCACAUGCUCAAUGGGUGUCAGCCCUGGACAAGAUACUACACCUGUAGACUGUACCUGAAGAUUGCUAAUGACCCUCCGCCUCUGAGAGAGAUCCCACCUGAUUGCAACUGCCUCACAGCAGAAGUUAUCAGGGCAGGACUUCAGAAGGAUCCAGCCAAGAGAGCAUCAGCAUCUGACCUCAAAGAGAAAACUGCCAGAGCUCUAAAAGAAGUGGGAGGACUCACCAGUCCAGUGAGGGGUCCUUACACAGAGCCCCUGUUCAUUGACAACAAACUUGACAAGCCCCUGCAACUUUUCCAUGGCAUGGUCAGCAGUGAGGACGAGAAGGGACAUCAGGAGUCUGAUUGGAAGGUGAUCACAGCAGAGGAGAAUACAAAAGAGCUGUAUGAUGACAACGAAGAGAUGGGCGCUGACUCUUACGAGUCAAAGCGAUGCCCGUCUUUCUCCCCUCAAAUUCUGACCUCUGAGCCAAACUCAAAAAGAGGCAACAAGGUCACGACUGUGCCUGAGCUGGAGCUACGUAAACUGGAGCGAGAUUUCUACCUCAACAGUCUGUCCCAGCUCCACUCAGCUGAGAAGCAGGAGCAGCUCUUGUCUUGCCUCAGCAGUGACCCUUAUUCCAACUGGGAACCAUGGGACAAAAAGGACUCUGGCCGCUGGUCCCUGAGCCCAGCAGACGACUUCAGCUCCGGGGUCUUCUCCUUCAACAGUCAGCCUGAUGUGCCGGUGUUCAGUGUGGAUUUGCUGAGCCACUCACAGCCUCCUCCUCCCUUCUGUUUUGAAGGGGUGGAUGUCUGCAUCAGAGACUUUUACCAGAGAAGCAUCUGCAUCAGAGAGAAGCGCUGGGUGAAAGUGGGCCACAUUGCAACUGGAAUCAGUGACCAGAUCUCUGAGAGAGUUUUCACCUUGGAAACCACACAGGGCCAGCAGGUUGCUCACGAUGAGGAGGUGCAGGAAUCAGGUCUGGAGCUCUGCUGCGUUGCUGCUCCAGACUUCAGCUCUGUCUGGAGGUGGAGGAUCAGAGACGGAGUGCUGGAGACCAGAUGAUAGCCCUCAGCUCUCUUCUUCCAUUGACUGCAGUUUUAUCAUAACCACUGUUCACAUGGUGUACUAUUGAGUUGUCUCAAUAUCCUGCUUUCAGGAAUGGUAAAAGAAAUCCACCAUAUCUGCCUGCUCAGCAAACUCAAUUCAAAUGUCUUAAUUAUGUCACCACUGAGCUCUGUUGACUGUCUACAUGUUCUAUUUUUGUAUUGCAUGCUUACAUCCAAUCAAUAAAAGUAUAUAGAGCUAU